CGAACAACCAGAAACUGCAAAACAGCGCGCACGCACCAUAACGACACGGAACUCUCAUCUCGCCAUCACAGCACAGCACAGCACGCAGCACAGGUAGCAAAAGCAGAGACAGACAGGGACCACCCGCCGCCAUGUACUUGCUGGAUGCAAAGCGAAAGGCUGAGCGCAAGCAGAAGGAGCGCGAGGCCAAGGAAAAGCGGGAAAGGAAGAAACAAGAGCUGGCACAAGCCAAGGCGGAACGCAAGCGAGCGCUGGAGGCGGCAGCUGCGCAGAAGGAACGGGCGCAGAUGGAGCGGGCCAUGGCCGCAUCCAAGGCAGAGGAAGAGCUGAGGCGCAAGGAAGAAGCGCAGAUGCAGGAGGCCCUCCGCCGUUCCGUCGAGGAGGAGCAGCGUGCCCAGGCGCUCGCUCGACGACAGGCGCAAGCACGCCAGAAGCAGCAGGCAGCUGCCAUGGAGCGGCAACGCCAGCGGCAACUCGAGCAGCAACAACAGCAACACCGACAGCAGCAAAUGCAGGCGCAGGCUGGGCGGCGACCAACUGCACCACGCGCAGCGCCGCAGCAGCAGCAGCAGCAGCAGUCCGCCUCUGAGGACCCCGAGCAGAUGCUGCGGCAGUGGCGCGACGUCAAGGUCAUGUGCAAGUAUGUGGGGACGUUUGAGGUUGGCACGGGCGCCGUUGAUCGCGAGUCUGUCAAGGCAGGCAUUGCCGUCAUGAAGGAGUAUAUUGCGCAAGGCCGCCCAGCGUGCCUGCUCGUGUGCCUCGAGGGCAUCAAAGUGAUUGACAACUCUGCAUUUGCCGUGGUGAUGGCACACGCCCUGCAGAACGUGACCAUGUGCACCGUUGUCAGAGACCACGCUCUGUUUGGCUUUGUUGCCCGCGACGCAACGCGGCGACAGCAGCAAUACUGCCACGUGUUCCACAUGCCGAGCCCACGCCACGCACAGGGCACCCACACCACCGUCAGCAAGGCGUUCAAGCUCGCCUUUUACAAGCAUCGCACGCGACAGGGCCUCGAGACGAGCAGUGACGAGCGGGCGGAGCGGCGGCAGUGGGCGAAGCACAACCCGCUGCAGGGGGCGCCCCACCACAAGGACGUGCGCUCUCUCAGCACAAGCACCGCAUCCGAGCACUCACCGCGCCGCACACCGUCCAGUGAGGCGGGCCUGAGGGGGAUGCCUGCCUCCCCAUCUGCUCCACAGCACCACCACCACCAGCAGCAGCAGCAGCAGCAGGAGAAUGAUUUGUUGGAGGACGUGCAGGAAGAAGAGCCGCCAGCUGUUGUGGUGACGAUGGAGGAGAGAUAUGACGCGCUUGGCUCGCAGCACCCCAGCCAGGACCCAGACCUGCAACCCCGCCCACCACAGCGGCAGCAGCGCCAGCAGCGCCAGCAGCAGGGCAUGCGGUAUGAUGGCAUUGUUGAGGAAGAGGUGUUCCCGGGCCCACAGCGCGCGACGCAACCGAGCGCCCCAUCCAUGGCCGCGCUUGAUCGCGAAAUGCAAGAGCUUGAGCUGCUGGCUGAGUCGCAGCAGGAGCAAGACGAUGGUGGCCUUGCCUUGUUGGAGAGCGCACCGUGGUACCAAGCAGGGCUGCCACGCGAGAUUGCGAUGGAGCUGCUGAGCAUGAGCGAUGACGGGGCGUUCCUUGUGCGCCAAAGCCAAUCGCAUGCCGGCCACUUUGCCCUCACCAUGAAAGCCCUCGGCCGCAUCCACAACUUCAUCAUCAAGCGAACGGCGGGCGGGUUUAUGCUGGGCAGUGAGCACGACGGAGAGCGCAUCUUCCACGACCUCGGCGAACUCAUCCUCUUCCAUUCAGAGCAUCGCGGCCUGCUUCCCUGCACGCUGAACCUUGAUGCCAUGAAUGCCCUCUCCAACGAUCCAUCCCCAGAGGGCGACGGCGAUGAAGCCGAUCGUACAUCGUUUAUUGACCCAGACUACGAGUCCCUGAGAGACAUCAACUUCUGACACCAGCAUGUACACACAUACACACACCACACACACACACACACAUCGCACACAUCGCAC